CUUGACUUUGAACUUCACUUGCUGAGCUCCUGACUGGAACCAAUGUUAAGAGGCCACUUGUGCUGAAUGUACUUAAUUUUAGAAGAGCAACCUACCUGGGAUUAGAUCAGGGAACUGAAUCAUUGUGGAUAUGACGUGCAAAAACUGGAUAUUAAUUUCCACGACUGCCCCCACAAGUCUGGAGGAUGAAAUUGUGGGAAGACUUCUCAAAAUUCUGUUUGUUAUCUUUGUUGACUUAAUGACUAUUAUGUAUGUUGUUAUAACUUCUUAGAAAUAUGAGUUCCUUUACUUUACAUAUAAAUUUCAAAUUGAAUUCCAGUAACUGAAGUAUUGUCUUUUAAUAUGUUUAGUGAUUUUAAUUUGAUGAAAACCCUAUUUUAGCAAAUGCCAUUGACAAUAAUAAAAAGUUGA